AUGCAUCUCCCCCUCAACAAAUAUUCCCUCAUUAUUCUAGCAACCAACGCUCUAACUGCAGUCGCCUCCCCUCGGAACGUAACUUCCUCCCUUCUGUCAUGGAGGCCGAAUUGGACGGUCGUCGACAGAUGUGCCCCUAAGUUCAACCUGACGACAGCAAAACCAACAGCAGAUCCGCUAGACACUGUGUUUCAUGGAUAUGGCACCACCGACCUCGAGGGCCUCCCAAUCUAUGAUUUUCGCGAAUUUCUCGGCGACUGGGUCACCUCCGAUGCCAAACUAUGCAGCAUUUGCGAAUACAAAGACACAGCAUUCAUACCAUCUCGUACGCUGGCCAGCUAUCCACCCUCGUGGCCCGAGAUUUUGCUCAGCGUGCUGUCUAGUGGCAUUGCAUUUCUGACCGCGGAUAAAUUUCCGCUUGCGACGUCAUCUCUCGUGGUUGCGCUCUCCACAGUGGUGAUCCAAUUCUCGGCACAUGCGUGGACAGUGUGGCAGCUAGUCCGCGCUCCGGAUGCCACGCCGUGGUUGACGGGAGACUCGUGGAUUCUGUUACUGGUUGCCAACUUCAAGAUAUGGCACGCAGCCGGGGUCAUGAUUACGGAGCAAGAGUGGGUGACGUACGGCACCGCAAAGCCGCGUCUAGGGCUGAAGACAUUGCGAUGGGCGAGUGCGGGCGGAAUGGGUCUGACUUUAUGCAUUGGGAUUUUCACGGGGGGUGUGGCCAUCGUUGCAGUGGUGAAGCCUGAGCUCCGGCUUUGGAGAUGCGCUUUUGAUUUGGUGGAAGAGGUUCCGGUCGGGUGUACUGGGCUGCCUCCGAGUUUACCGUCGCCGUAUCACGACCAGGCGUUUCGAUUCUUCGUUGCAGAGACUAGUUUUUCUUGGGUACUGCUUUUCGUAUUGGCAUUUGUGUUCUGUGGAAUGCAGCGGAAAAGAAAGGGAGGCGGUGACGGUCCCUUGCUGUCAUCAGCGGUUGCGGCGGCGCUUGUCAUGUUUGGCUGGUUUCUUGUUAUGAAGCCAAUUGAGCUAGCGCUUGCGAUCAAGCAUGGGAAGAAGGGAAAUAUUGUCAAGGCAUUUGACAAUUGCUGCGUUGUUCUGCCCACACUGAAGUACGGUGGGUUCAUUGACAGAGUUGGCACACUGUUAGCCGUCUUUGGAAGGGGUUUUGGCGGAUUAUAG